AUUUUUUAUUAUUAAAUAAUUGUUAAAUUGUUUUGGUUUAAAUACUUCUGUUAAUACAAAUGUGUUUUAAUGCACGAUUUGUUCUGAGAAGAAUGAGCAAACUGGUACAAAAGUGGCUCAAUGUGCAGUCAAGAGCUGAAGUAAGUUCUUUUGUUGACGAUUCAAUAACAUAUCACGAGCCACCUGAUAAAUCUGAAGGAGAUAAAAAAGUAUAUCGGGCACUAAGUUUGUCUACUGGUCUACGAGCAAUGUUAAUAUCUGAUAACAGCAUAGAAGAAACCAAUAGUUACAAAAAAGAUUCCAUACAGCAUCAAGCUUUUCCAUCAAGCACAAAAAGAUCAGAUAGUUCAUUAGAACAUUUUCAUGGUAAGCUUGCAGCAUGUGCGGUAGUAGUUACUGUUGGAUCCUUUUCGGAGCCGCGACAAUAUCAAGGUUUGGCACAUUUUUUGGAGCACAUGGUAUUUAUGGGAUCUGCAAAAUUUCCAGUAGAAAAUACUUUCGAUGCAUAUGUAACCAAAAACGGAGGCUACUGUAAUGCAUACACAGAAUGUGAAGAGACCACCUUCUUCUUUGAAGUUGAAGAGGCACAUCUCGACAAAAGUUUGGAAAUCUUUAUUAAUCUAAUAAAGGCCCCUUUAUUGCAUCCGGAUUCAAUGGCUCGCGAGCUUUCAGCUAUAGAAUCAGAGUUUGAACAAACAUACUUGAGAGAUGAUAUACGACGUGAUCAAAUUUUAGCUAGUUUCGCCGGCGAUGGAUAUCCUCACGAAACAUUUAUGUGGGGAAAUCUGCAAUCUUUAAGACAGGAAUUUGUUGAAAAAACCUUACAUGAAGCUCUUCAUGAUUUUUGGCGUAAAUAUUACGUUUCAAGUCGUAUAAUUGUCUGCCUGCAAUCAAAGUUAUCUUUAAAUAGUUUGGAGGAAAUUCUUUUACGCCAUUGUUUAAAUAUACCAAAUAAUGAUGAAAUUAAUUUGUCCAAAAACAUUCUCAAUUAUGAUGAAUCAUUUCGUGACGAGUUCUAUCGCGAGGUAUUUCUAGUCCAGCCGGUUGAGGAUGUAUGUAAGCUCGAAUUAACCUGGGUUCUUCCACCAAUGAAAUUUCAAUACCGCACUAAACCAGACGGUUUUAUAUCACAUCUUAUAGGCUAUGAAGGAAAGGGUAGCUUAUGUGCCUAUCUGCGCCGACGUUUGUGGUGCAUGAGUGUUACGGCAGGAAUUGGAGGCAGUAGUUUUGAAUCAAAUUCUAUUUAUUCAUUAUUUAAUAUUUGCAUAUAUUUAACUGAUGAUGGCUUUGAACAUAUUGAUGAUGUUAUGUGUGCAACAUUCGCUUGGAUGAAAUUAUUAAAUGAAUCUAGUGAUUUAAAAUCUAGCUAUAAAGAACUUCAGCAAAUUACGGCAAACAAUUUUAGGUUUCAGGUUGAACUACCUUUUAUAGAUAAUGUGCAGAACAUAGCUGAGAAUAUUCGCUAUUUCCCAUAUAAGGAUGUGCUAACAGGAUCACAUUUGUAUUUUGAGUAUGAUGAAGCAGCAUUACAACUCAUAAAACAACAUCUAAGUGCAUUCAAGUUUAACAUAAUGAUAUCGUCACACAUACCAUAUAAAGAUUUUAAGUACGACAAAGAAGAACGUUGGUUUGGCACAAAGUUUACUACAAUCCCAAUGCCAUCCAAAUGGUUCGCUCUAUGGCAUGAGCCUGGCAUCAUAAAAGACUUAAUAAUACCUCAGCCAAAUCCUUUUAUAACCACUGAUUUUACUUUACAUUGGCAACAGGCUGGCAGACCACCCAUACCUCGACGUCCAAAGCUAUUGCUAAGAAACGAUCUUUGUGAAAUGUGGUUUCGGCAGGAUGACACUUUUCAACUACCUGAUGGAUAUAUAAAAAUAUAUUUUAUAACACCACUGAUUCAACAAUCUGCUAAAAAUUAUAUGCUUGGUGUGCUAUUUACGUAUUUAGUGGAAUUUAGCAUAAUCGAGCAACUAUAUCCAGCUCUAUUGGCAGGCCUCACAUAUAGUUUGUACAUGGGAAACAAAGGUUUAAUACUAAAUGCUAAUGGCUACAACCAGAAACUUCCUUUAAUAGUCGAAAUCAUAAUGAAUGUUCUGGGUAGUUUGGAACUUGAUCCAGCUCAGUUAAUUUCCUUUAAAGAACUUAAGAAAAGGCAAUUAUUUAAUGCUCUAAUAAGUGGUACAGCAUUAAAUCUAGAUCUAAGGUUAAGCAUAUUGGAAAAGCAGCACUUCAGCCUGGUACAAAAAUAUGAUGCUAUUGAUGACAUUACCUUAGAUGACAUAGAACUUUUCAAAAACUCAUUUUAUAAACAGAUGUACAUUCAAGCUCUUUUUCAGGGUAAUUUUGCAGAUGAAGAGAGACAUCGAAUAAUGCAUAAUGUCAUUGAUUCCUUUAACAGCCAAAAAAUUGACGCUUCAACGUCUCUUGACAAACGUGUGCUUCAGCUACCCCUAGGCUCUUAUUUCCUACGCGCUAAAGUGCUGAACGAUAAUGAUUCUAAUACAAUUAUCACUAAUUAUUAUCAAAUAGGACCCAGCAGUUUGAGGACUGAAUGUUUAAUGGAUUUAGUGGAGUUCAUUGUGGAAGAACCAUACUUUAAUCAACUACGCACAGUAGAGCAGUUGGGUUAUAGUUUGGGUCUUUACCAAAGGGUUGGUUAUGGUGUAAUAGCUUAUGUUAUGACUAUUAAUACUCAAGAGACAAAGCAUAAGUCAGAAAUUGUUGAAAGCCGUAUAGAAGCAUUUCGAGCUAGUAUUCCGGAAAUUAUUUCUCAGCUAAGCGAUGAAGAAUUUUACGAGUUACGUGAGACGCUUAUUAGCACCAAGAAAUUAAGUGAUGUCAACUUAGACGAUGAGGCAUCUAGAAACUGGGAUGAAAUUGUUACCAUGGAAUAUUUUUUCAACCAUGUCGAAAUGCAAAUUCAAACACUUCGCGGGUUAACUAAGCAGCACGUAGUAAAUUUCUUAAAAGAAUAUGAAAAAACUAAUUUUAGAAAACUUUCCGUACAGGUGGUGGGAAAAAGCAAGGAACCAUUACGGCUACCAACGCAAUCUAGUUCGGAAGCAGUUGCUGAAAGAGAAAGUACAAUAGUCGCACAUGAGCUGCGUCAUGGUGAUCUUUCUGGACUACUGAAUGAAGUUCAACGAAAUGUAUCAGACGACCAAUUAUUUGAAAAGAUGGGUAAUAAGAUUAAAAUCGACUUGAUUGGACGACAUGAUGAUCCUACAAAUAUUAUGAAUAUUUCCUCUUUUAAAAGUAAACUUCCCUUCUACCCCUGGAAGCCCAAAAUGAAAUCUGAAUAGGCUAUUUGUAAAUUUUAAAUCCAUUAAAAAAUUCAUAUUUCUACGGGCGGACGACACACACACAGGCCGA